ACUGGAAGCCCCAGUUCGGUUUGUCACUGAUGAGCAGCAGACUGAGGACCGCUCUUAACUGGAGUAACAGCACGACAGGAUAACUUUCUCAAAAUGAGCUUUACAGUCGCGAUAACUGACAGAAUAUUAGACUAUGCGGAUGUUUUCAAGUCCUGUCCAGUUAAACAGUAAUCUCUCUCUUCCAGACGAAUGUUUUUUUGAAGUUGUCUUUCAGCGUGUAGUCAGCUGUGUUGUUGUUGAGUAGCAGUCUGCUACCGUGUGGUUCAAGUUUUUCAGAUUUGCUAACAACCGUUUCAAUCAAACGUCGCCAUGAUCCCCGAAUGCCCACGCACCGGGGACCCGAGAAGCCGGGCCCGCUUCCAGCACAAUCCCGCUCCCGAACCGGGCCAGGGCCGGAGCGGCAGCGGCUUGUUGUCCGAAAUUAAAACCACCAUUAAGACCGAACCUUUCACCGACUACUACACCAUCAUACCAGGGAAAGAACUCGGAAGGUAAUGUGAAGUUUGGUCUUUUUUGUUGGCAAUAACUGUACUCUGUGGAGAAUUUCGAGUAAUGUUUUUGACAAUGAAAUAGUAUCUCAGAGUGAAUAUGGCAUACUAAAUGCAUUGAGGUAGCUCUGUAACCACAGUAAACAAUACAAUAGGAGUAAUCCUGUGCUCCAUCCUUUUAUUCAGCAGUUUAUCAACUCUGCCCCCAGAACCCCAUUCAUUUAUUCUGCAUAGUCAUUUAAAAACAUUGUGAAAAGUAACGUUCACUGUCAGUGAAUGUAAAUAUCUGUUAUAUACCAACAUAUUAAAAGUCUAAAAGUUAUAAAAUCAUAUCUUUAUGGUAUUCAUCAUUUUGUUGCAGAAGGGUUUUUCUUAGUUUAUUUUUGUUGCUCUGAUAUAUCUACUUUCCAGAUGUGCUGCUUUUACAGUUAUUGUUGAUUUUCUUGUCUCUCUAAAGUCUGUAUUAGGGUUGGUUUUAAAACUACUUCAUCCUCUCCCCUGGUAGUGUCAUGCAUUUAAAAAUAAUAUAAGUUUCCCCUCUUUCUCUCAAACUGCAAAACCAUAUGUUUGAGAAAAAAUGAGCAAAAGAUCCAUCAUCAAAUCAUAAACCUGUCGGUCUGUUCCUCUUUGAAACUUUAGGUCAAACCCAGUCCAUUCCCUAGCAACAUGAUCUGGCACCUUUUGGCUAAUGUUUCACAGUAUUUCUUCAGGGUUAAUUAUUGGAGGAAUUGCCUUCUGUCCUGCUGGUGCAGACCUUCUAAAGUAAUCACAGAGUCUAUGUCUAUGCUCAAAUCACAAAUGAGUUAAUUCAGGUACAACCUGGGUAAUAAAAGUUGAGUUUAGACAUGGAUGAAUCAAAGUUAUUCCAACCAACUUCAGUAACUUAUUAGAGAGCAAUGGUCAGCUAUGUUGUGGGAUGACUGUGUGUAUGGUAUUGUGUCGCAUGACUUGACAUUGUGACUAAGAUUAGCUGCCACAGAGCAACAUGAAAGGUGACAUUAAUCUGUGUCUGUUUCUCUGAUCUUCAGCUUUUUAGCAGGCAUAUAUAUUGAUGUGAAGUUGUGCGUUCAAGUCCAUGUAUGUCAGUACUUUACAAUGGAUCAAAAUAUGUUUCAGACUAAUACUCAUAUUAACUCUUGGGGGGGGGGGGUCAAAACAUGUCCAGGAUCAGGAAGUUUUGGAGUUCACUGAAAAUAAUUGCUGUAAUGUUUGGUACAGAUUUAAAAUUUUGUCCAUAAUUGGCUUUUGAUAAUAUGAAUAUUUUCUACAGAAAACAUAGAGGUGUAUAAACCGUUUCUUAAGCUGAAUAUCAAACAAGUUGAGCAUGCUUAUAAAAAUAAUUCAGAGCGAGGUUGAUGCGGAAUUGCUGUAACUAGAGAACUGAAUAGAAACUAUUUCAGACAGUGACUAGUCUUCUGCCCACUUGUUCUUAAAAAAUGAGUUUGUCUACAUUGUGGGUCACUGUCAGCUUAGCAGCAUAGAAUAGAUGCUUUGAUAGCACCAGUUGAGCUGGUAUGAAAGUGCCAGCUUAAACGGUGCAGCUAAUUUUUCUGCAUAUCCUGUAAAAUACACUCUACUAUUGCAGCCCUUGAACAAGUUGGUUACACUGGUUUGCACUGUAACAUGCUGUAAACUUGGAACACUGGGCUGAUAGCAAGUUGAAUGUAAUAUGAGAAUACAUAUUGUUUAUCUCUACCUGAUAGGACAUUUAACAAAAAGAGCUUGUUUUAGCACGUAUUUAACUAUCAACCUCUCAAUACUUGAUUUUUUGUCAACAUCUGUGGUCUACUUCAGUCUGCAGAGACAUUUUUACUUAUCUGCCAUGGAAUUCAUUAUCCAUAGAGGUGUACGCGAUAAUUUCUGCUCAUUUUAUGGGAAACAAGUGUGAAAUGCAUUUGUGUUCAUACGUAUCAGAUCGUAUCAGAUCAAUCUUAAAUCAAUUCUACUGCUCACUCCACAGUUUGAAAGCACUCAAACCAAACAAGUUUAGAGUAGCGACCUCCCAGCUCACGUGUUUUUUUUUUAUCUUUAGUCAAAUGUUCCUGAGGUUGUUUUUUCAGCAGGGUUGGAGUUUAAUCAGUACAAUAACAGAUGAAGGGUUUGCUUGUCUUUGAAGUUCAAACUUGUGUUUGGCUAACUCUUGGUCAGUCCUCUGGUUGCGCUCUCUGGACUGAACAGUGGAAUUCCAUUCAUGUCAACGUUUUUCUGAUUGAAAACUCAAGCUUUAACAGGGAUUUGUAAACCCCGCUUUAAGCUGAGUUUUUACCUGAAAUACCAUUAUAUAAUCAAUCAAUCAAUCAAUCAAAUUUUAUUUAUAUAGCGCCAAUUCACAACAGUCGUCAUCUCAAGACGCUUUUCAAGGAACAAGAGCAGGUCUGGACCACGCUCAUUGUUUCAUGAUCAAGAACCAACCUAAGAUGGGUUUUGGCCCAUCUCAACUAACAUGAGUUACAGUGGCAAGGAAAAACUUCCUUUUAACAGGCAGAAACCUUGGGCAGGACCAGCCUCAUGCUAGACAGCCACCAUGCCGCUGCUGGGUUGGGGAGGAAUGUAGAGAGAAGAGGGGAGAGGGGGAGAGGACAGGGGGAGGAAGAGAGACAACAAGAUGGGGGAAAGGCGAGAGAGAAUGAGUAUGGAGAGGGAGGGGGAGGGAGAGAGAGUAGGGAACGAGGGUGAGAGAGAGACAGGAGGCAGCAGGAACAACAGCAACAACAACAACAGCUCAUGUAAUGGUGAAACAAAAAGAAGUUCAGUUUACAGGUUUAGGAUAUGAGUGAUAAUGGACAAUGUUGAAUUAAUUGAGUACGAUUACAGUUAGCAGGCUUAAUCGUAGUCAGUUCUAUUUUGUAUUAUUAAUGUCAAUAAUGACAGUGAGGCUGAUGGCCCAGGGUGGAUGCAGCUGGGGUCAGGCAGUUCCGCAGCAGACCUGUUUGCAGCAUUAGUCCAGUGGCAGCUAAAAGACUCAGAGACACUCAGAGAGACAGAAAACUGGUCAGUGACUUAUAUGGGACAUAGAGAUCUAAAGAGGAGAUAGAGACAGACUCUAGCUCAGUGUGCCAGAUAGCCCCGGCAGUCUAGGCCUAUAGCAGCAUAACUAAGAGCUGGUUCAAAUCAGCCCUGACUAUAGGCUUUAUCAAAGAGGAACGUUUUAAGUCUACUCUUGAAAGUUGAGAGUGUGUCUGCCCCCCGAACCUCGAGCGGUAAAUGAUUCCAGAGGAGAGGUGCCUGGUAGCUGAAAGCUCUUCCUCCAAUACUACUUUUAGAGACAUUUGGUACAACGAGCAGACCUGCAGACUGUGAGCGUAACGGUCUAGAUGGAAAGUACGGUAUAACUAGCUCGUUGAGAUAUGAUGCCGCCUGGCCAUUAAGCGCUUUAUAUGUCACAAGGAGGAUUUUAAACUCAAUUCUAUAUUUAAUAGGGAGCCAGUGAAGAGAGGCUAAAACAGGAGAGAUGUGCUCCCUCCUUCUAGUUCUAGUCAAUACCCGAGCUGCUGCAUUUUGGACCAGCUGAAGAGUCCUUAAUGACUUACUAGAGCAGCCUGAUAGGAGAGAAUUACAGUAAUCCAGCCUAGAGGUAACAAAGGCAUGGACUAGUUUUUCUGCAUCGCUCUGAGACAAUAUACGUCUAAUUUUUGAGAUAUUGCGCAGGUGGAAAAAGGCUGUCCUGGAAAUUUGUUGAAUGUGGGAGCUAAAAGAUAAAUCCUGAUCAAAUACAACUCCUAGAUUUCGCACAGUGGGGCUGGAUGCCAGGCUGAUACCAUCAAAUGUAGCUAAAUUACUAGAGAACGCCUCUCUAAGGUGUUUAGGACCGAGGACCAGAACUUCAGUUUUGUCUGAGUUGAGCAUUAGAAAAUUAUUGGUCAUCCAGGAUUUUAUAUCUUUGAGGCAGGCUUCUAACCUAGCAACCUGGCCUGCUUCCUCUGGCUUUAUGGAUAGGUAUAGCUGGGUGUCAUCUGCAUAACAGUGGAAAUUAAUCGAGUACUUCCUCAUAAUUUUACCCAGCGGAAUCAUGUACAGGGUGAAUAGGAUUGGACCGAGCACUGACCCUUGCGGCACACCGUAGCAGACCUUGGUGUGUGCAGAGGAUUCAUUAUUUACAUUGACAAACUGGGAUCGAUCUGUUAGGUACGAUUUAAACCAGGAGAGAGCUGAUCCUGCUAUGCCUAUAGAUUGUUCUAGUCUCUGAAGCAGGAUGGAGUGGUCAAUUGUGUCAAAUGCUGCACUAAGAUCUAACAGGACUAGAACAGAGAGAAAACCAUUGUCUGAGGCCAUGAGUAGGUCAUUUGACACCUUUAGCAGAGCAGUCUCUGUGCUGUGAUGGGUUCUAAACCCAGACUGGAAAUCCUCUAAUAAACCGUUGUUAUGGAGAAAAUCACAGAGUUGAUUCGCAACAACUUUCUCUAGGAUUUUAGAAAUAAAAGGAAGGUUGGAUAUUGGUCUAUAGUUAGCUAGGGAGCUUAAGUCCAGAGUAGGUUUUUUAAGGAGAGGCUUAAUCAAUGCAGUCUUGAAAGACUGGGGAACAUAUCCUGUUAAUAAAGACGUGUUAAUCAAUUUGAGCAGGGACGUACUAAUCAAAGGAAGAGUUUCCUUCAGCAAUUUUGAUGGAAUUGGGUCUAAGAGACACGUCGAUGGUUUGGCUGCUAGCACCACUGACUUUAACUCAGGAAGGUCAAUAGGUACAAAAUUACUAAGGUGCACCAGAGGCCUUAGGGGCUCCUCAACAUUUUUAGGGUUAUCUGAGAGAGAGACACUUGAUGGAGUCAAUAGGUUACUAAUUUUACCUCUUAUUUUUAAGAUUUUAUCAUUGAAGAAGCUCAGGAAGUCGUUGCUGCUAAGGGCUAAAGGGAUACAUGGUUCAGUGGUGCUCUGACAGUCUGUCAGCCUGGCUACAGUGCUGAAGAGAUAUCUGGGGUUAUUCUUAUUUUCCUCAAUAAGAGACGAGUAGUAGGUUGUCCGAGCAUGUCGUAGGGCUUUCUUAUAUUUAUCGAGACAAUUCUGCCAGAGAAAACGAGCUUCAGCUGUUUUGGAGGAGCGCCAAAUCCUUUCACAUUUUCUUAAUAACUGUUUCAGCUCACGGGUUUCAGCAUUAUACCACGGGGCUAGCCUCUCGUGUGUAAGAGUUUUUUGUCGAAGAGGGGCAACUGAGUCUAGAACUGAUCGCAGUGUGCCUGAGGUAUCAUCAACAAACUGGUCGAGUUGCAAGGGACUGAUGUUUAAAUAUGAGCUAUCAGUGAAGUUUUUCUCAAUCAGACACUCAAAAGAGUUCUAGCUCUGGCUGGAAUGUCGACAUAGGAUUUAGUACCUCUGUCUUUAUCCUCUUUCCUUGAAAAAAAAAAAAAAAAAGUUCAUUCCUUGAUAAUUCUGCUGAAAUUGAAUCAUUCUUAUUCCAGCCCAUUAAAAUCAAGGCAGGAUUUUAGCACAUAUAGGUCCAGCUUGUGUUCUCUUUGUGUGAAAUGUUACGGUGAGCAGUUUCCUACCUUGGAUUUAGCUAGAUGUAUGCAGACUUACUCCUCUCCUCCCAGUUACUUUCCAAACAUUCUUACUUCUUGGGGAAACUUUCAUCACGUGUGGACCAAACCACAGGUUCUCCUGCCCAUAUGCUUGACCCACACAAUUUUGUUCUGGGAGUUCAAGAUAUGUUUUUGCCAGGGGAUACAAAGACCCAGAGACUAAAGCCCACCCUGGGAUUGAAUUUUAGAAGUCAGAAUCAGAAGUGAAAGGUGAGAAAAGGAAUACCAGCCAAGAGGCUGUCAAAAAUGAGCAUCUGGAAACAACAGUAUGUGGUUUUCAAACUCACAGUGAUAUCUGAUAUAGACCAUAACAGUCAGAUACCCAAGUACUUUGAAUGCAGAGCUCAUUCUUGAUCAAUUUCAAUUACUUUGAUUCAUGUCUUAGAAUAUGUAGUAUUGCUGAGAUGCCACCAACAGUUAGGUUUCUUAAAGCAAACACACGAAAAAGAAAAAGAAAACUUGACUCUGUCUACUCUUUGGUGGUUUUAUUAUCCAGGCAAUACCUAUGACAUGAAAGUCUUUGCAUCAAAACUGCAAGAUGAAUGUGGAUGAGGUGGUGUAGUUCUCAAAGUCGGUUGGCCUGUAUGUUUUUAUAGCUUUAACAGAUAUCACUGUGGCCAAACCAAGAUUUAAAACAACCUGGACACCUGCCUAGACAAACACAAAGCUAAAACCAGAGAGGCCAACCUUUCCUGUUGAUCCAAGGCAAGAGCAAGUCUGACUGCCACAAAUCCAUAAAUACACUUAAAGGGUUGGCUGAACGUGAUCCUGGUUGUUUCAUUUCAGAGUGAUUUUCAUAUGAAGCAACAUCACAAAACUAUCUUUAGCCUUAGCCUUCUCUCUGUCCAUGAGAUCAUCACACAGAUGCGGCAGAUUUGUCGGCUGCACAUCCAUGACACCAAUCUCCUGUUCCACCUCCUCCCAAAGGUUCUCUAUUGGAUUGAGACCUGGUGACUGUUGAGGCCACUGGAGUACAGUGAACUCAUUGUCAUGUGCAAGAAACCAGCUUUGUGACAUGGUGCAUCAUCCUGCUUGGAGUAGCCAUCAGAUGAUACACUGUGGUCAUAAAAGGAUGGGUAUGGUCAGCAUUAAUACCCAGGGUGUUUAAAUGAUGCCCAGUUGGUACUAAGGAGCCCAAAGUGUGCCAAGAAAAUAUCCCCCACGCCAUCACACCACCAGCAGCCGGAACCCAAAGACUGUUUGAUAGAAUGGACUUCAUCUGCCUCCUUGCUAGAUAAAGCUUCCAUGAGAAAAGCACCCCCUGGUGACUGGUUGCAGUAUUGGUCUUGAACCCCACCUCCUCCAGCAAAAUGAAUGGCACUGUGGUCAAACUUUGAAAAUUAAAUACAAUUUUCUUUUUUUUUUUGGCCCCUGGUUGUGAUGUUGGCAUGUAAUUACUGUUAGACUGGUUUGUGCUCAAGUCCUUUUUUUGUGUAGCUCCAUCUUAAAAGUUAUUGGCUGUUAUAAAAAUGGGAUAUGAUGUCAUAUUUUUUAUGAUUGACACUUAAAUACAGCCUAUGGGCUAUGAAGAUUGCGUAGAUCAUCUGAGAGGGUACGCUGUUUAAGCAGUGCAUAGUCACAACGUUCUCCCACUAAACGCUACUUCACAAAUGCCGGUUUCAGGAAAUGGAGAAAAUUCAUCUAGGGCUUUUUUGCUUCAACAGUGAUGGGAGGCGGAGACAUAUUGUCCAUGCUAUAUACAGUCUAUUUCUUAAUACAAGGCAGGAUGAAUCCAUGCUUUUGUAUUGCAGCUGAAAUUCAGACUCAUCAGACGAGGCGACAUUUUCUCAAUCUUCUUUUGUCCAUCUUUGUUGAGCCCGUCUAUGUCCGCAGUUCUCCUCUGACCUCUAACAUUGACAAAGCAUUUUCGUCUACACAACUGCUGCACACUGAAUAUACUCUCUAAGCACAUAAUAACACAAAAACCCAUGUUUACAAUUGCGUAAAGCUGCAAAUUAAUGAAUGAAACACAGAACAAGAGGAACAAGGCCAGUUUACAACAUGUUGCUGUGCACGUAACAUGGAAAGCAUUGUGAUUAAUUAGAUUAGGAGGACUUAAGCCCUUACUAAACUCCGCUGUUUAAUGUCAUUAAUUACCGCUCCUCUUCACCUUAUUCUCAAACAGCAAGGUUAGAUGGAAACAUUUCUUCUGUUAUCCAUGUUUUGUCAUCAAGUAACCAAACAGAAUUUGCUCUUCAUUAUCUUCACACAGGGGACAUUUAUUAACCAAGAUCACACAUGCCAGUUUCCUUUAACUUUUUGUCAGGGAUAUUGUUGUCCAACCUGAUACCUGGUUUUAAACCACUGAUGGGAUGAAACCGACCCUUUUUUGACUGAAUAGACUUUGGAUCGUGAAAACCCUUGUUUAAAAAAUGCUAAGUAUUGUGGUUUGUCUGGCGUGAGUUACUGUAGAAAAAUGGUAGAAGAGGACCUGCCUCUAAUGUAGAUGUGAAGGGCUCAUUAUAAGUUAACAAAAACAAAACUAUCUUCAUAUCAGGGUGAUUAUACACUAAUUUACACAUACUCACAGAUAUUCUUCCAUCUCCAUCAAGUCUGGUAGACACACUUUAACUUUUGACUAAGGAGUCACAGUUUGUUUGGCCUCUGAUCCAUUGAGAAGUAAUGAAACAUUUACGGACUGUCAGGAUCCUUUUGUUUAUCAGACUUCCAGAGCAACAUUUCAAAAAAUAUGUGAAGAAAUAUACAAUAAAAAUAAAUAAAUGCCACUAAUUUAGAUGUGGUUGUGGCUGGACUACUGCUGUAUUGAUGCGUUUACUGCAGCAGGGUUUGUUCAGGUGGGUUUCAGAAACUGAUCACCAACCAUCUACUUUUCACAUAUGGGGUUCCAGAUAGACUGAGGAUAGGGAGUUUAAACUAAUACCCUUCAAUGCAUUUCUGCAGUGGGAGUCCCAGAUGGCUCCAAGCCAAGCUCCUUUAGUGACUACGACAAUGGUGCAACAGUCACUGAAUUCCAUAUGGUUAAGACCAAAAGCUUUUUUCAUGAGGGGUCUUAGUGACAGGAAUGGCCACUCUCUUAUUGGUCCAUAUGUUCCUGGUCAGAGCUCUUUAGCCUUGUCCCGGAGUUAGGAUUUAACACUAGGAGUCCACUGACGUAUACAGGAGCUGUGGUUACCCAAUGACUUUUCUGGCUGAUUUUUCUAAUAACUGGUUUUGUUGUUGUUGGAUUCUGAAAAUAUAACUAUUGGGGAUUCCAGGGAUCGUAUCAGAUAUGUUUUGUGCUGGAGCAAGUUAGUUAGAGUUGGCUGUAAUUAUGAUGCCUUCAUGACAUCUAUGUUUGUUUGUUUGUUUUUUAUAUUAACAUCAUUUGUUAACUUUGACCAGGCACCUUGUCGAUCAUCAUUAUCUGUGAUAUUGACAAUUCCUUUGGAGUUUUGUUUAGAAUAUAGCUGCCAGUAAGUCUUCAUAUAAAACAAUUCUCUGUUUACUUAUCAGACAUUGUAUGCAGUGGUAGAAUCCAAUAUAACCUAGAUUAUAUGAGUUGCUUGCUGAUUGACUUUCUCUUGUUAAAAGCCGGUUGAAUUUUGGAAAACAGGGUCACCAGUUCUUCGAUUUCUUUCUAUCAGAACUGCGUGUCAGUUUUAGGUUACCCCAGCUUUGAGCCUGUGGCUUGGAGCCAACCCUGGUGUGCACGUGGGGAAUCCAUUGAUGCUGGUGGAAGUGUUUGGCCCUGGGCCAGUGAAAAUCUUUAUUUCAUUAAAUGCACCCAGGGCUGCCUGGCAGCCUCGAACAGAGACCAGCCAUGAGACUGCAAACAGCCUCCCCUGUCCACAUGAGCAGAGACAGAGAUCUACUGACAUCCCCUCAAGUACCAAUAGGUUCUCUUUUGUUUAAGGCUGAUGCACCUUUCUAACCCGUGGGAAACUGAGUUUGUCCAUUAAAGAUGCAGUUUAAGAGUUUCCAGAAGCCAAACUAUAUGAUAGACACCUCAUGUGACUGAGUGCUUUGAAAAAUAUUAGUUAAAAACAAAAGAGCAUGAUCAUAAUUCUGCAUAGCUAGAUUGUAAAAUAUCGUCAGACUAUGUAAAAAUAAUCCAGCUGUAAUUGACAGUUGAAUUUAUUAAUGCAUGCUGUUUUUGAAUGUAAUCUUUACUGAGUGAACAUACCACUGUAACUAGGCUGCGGUGAACCUGUGCACAGCUGGUACAGAGCACCUCAAAGCUCCCUGCUUUAGCUGAGCUUUACAGUCUGUGACCUCCUAAAGCCAAACACAGCAUCCAUUUUACUGCUCCUUUAAAGUUUCUGUAACCGUGCCAUCACCUCUGGCGUGGACUGUGUGACUACACACACACACACUAACAUGCAAACACACAACGGCACAAAAGCCAUCUCUUUCAGGGUGUAGUCUGUGAAUGAGGCUGCUGGCUUUGGUAAUGUGCUGACACGGCUUUAGAAAAGGCUGUGGUGGCCCAGUAUGGUUUCUAAAGAGCAGGCCCAGACUCCCAAACCAAACAGCUUCUAUCUGCUGUUCCCAACAAGUCCACACCCAGACCUAAACAUACUGGUCACAGGGGGCUUUCAACUACACUAACUUAGAUUUAUGGAUGUACGGUAAAACUAUUUAUAACUGGCCAUUCUUCCAAACCCCUUUGUGCAAAUUGGGUUACCUCAAAACAAAACAAAAAAGAAAAAAAAAAAAAUUAAGGUUAACUAUUGUCCCUGUGACAGAAGUUUUUGCAGAGAGGAGAUUGCCUUACAGAACAUUUUUGUGAUUUUUCAUUUUAACUGUCUAGACAUAGAGAUCCAUUCAUUUCCCGCAUUUUUAAAAUAUAAUUUUAAUUUGUAAUUAAGUCAACUCUACUCCAGUAGAUCAACAGUUACAGCUAAAAGAACAGUUAAUCUUGGAAAAUCCCUGUUAAAAGUGCUUAACUAUCUCCUGCCCCCCCAUGCUGUACCUCUACUGCCCCCACUAUUAGCAAAUUAGUAAAAUGGUAUUGCUUUUUGCUAUAAAACUUAUUUUAAAGGUGGUCAUCAUCUAUCAGGGUUCAUUGUGACAGCCCUAAAUAGACUUAUCCAAAUCACCUAAUGUUACAUUUUUCCAAAAAAAAGUCACUUAUUAUCUUAUUAUUCUUUUUAUACUCUCCUGAUACAACUGUUGUAUCACUCAGUUAAAAUAAGUCACAGCUAAACAGUCAGCACACUUGGAAUUUGACCCAUUUUGAUUGAAGUGCAUUUUAAACAGUUGGUUAUGAUUAACUAUCUUCACCAUUAGUAAGUCCUACAGGGCAGGAGCAAUGGAAACCUUAUCGUUGAGGAAAUGCAUGCCAGUAUGGACAGUCAUUUUUAAAGCAUGACUGUUUUAAACACUGAAUGACUCAUGCUGUCACCUUGGACUUCUUAAGUUUGUACAGUUUGGCUGCAGUGUCAAAACCAAGCACAGUUUCAGUGGGUCAGUUUCCAUGCAAACUGUGCUCACUUGUUGGUGCUAAUGAACACAAAAACGCGUGAAUAUCAGCACCAAACAUCAGUCAAAAUUUACAUCAGUCCAUCUGCAACACUGCACUGUGUCAUUAUGUCUGAUGGUGCAUACAUGCACAUGCUUUACCAUUUCAUGCCUGUACAUCUGAUAGUUUCUGACAGUGUCAGUAAGUGUGUUAAAGGUGAAGGGAAAGGUAUUUACAUGGCUAAUGAGAUUGAAGGGAAGGUCUAAGGUCACAGGUGUCAGUGCUGUCACUGUCAUAUGACACAUGAUGUAAACAUUCAUGUUGUAUAUGUAUGCAAAUGUUUGUGUGCAUUGUCCGUGUGAGCAAAGCUAUCACUGUAAAAGCUUCAAUGCCUGAUCAAAGACAAGUCAAGCGUGGUUUAAUUGAAUAACUGCAGAUUAAAACUGAAGUCAAGGUUUUAAAGAGAUGUUGGUUUUGAUUAACAAGGAUAUAUAUAUGUGUGUGUGUGUGUGUGUACAUACAUAUGUUAAACUGCAAAAACUGACAUAAAUUUAAUGGGGAAGGAAGAUUUGGAUAUUUCAGCUUUUAAGUCGAUGUAGUAUGUAGUAUUUCAAAACAGCUGUUGACAAAGAAAUUUUCAGUGCAAUAUCUAAAGAGUGUAACAAUCAGGGAUUUGUUGAUUUGUCUUGAAGCUGCACUGACCAGCUGCAUCAGUAAUUAAAAAUAUAAUAAGCUUCCUCUAUGAUGUUAAAAAUUGUUGCUUACAGAGUCAUCCUCCUCAUGACUCUCACAUGAGGAUGAAGCCAGUCAGUCUAGUUAUUCUAGUCCAGUGCUGCUCAUCAUGGCCUACACUCUAUUUUAGGUCUUUUAUGACUCCCACACAGUCCCAUCCAUUGUGUGUCAGCUACACACAUUCAGCUCAAAUGCUCUGGUGUGUUUGACCACACUUUCACUGUAAAAUGAUCCAUUAAUGUGCAAGCAAUGAAGGGGGUUCAGGUUUUUAGUGCCCCUUAAACAGUCAAUGAUUGCUAAACUCCACUUUGUAAUAGUUUAGAGGGCCUUCACAAGAGCUUCAACUAGACACUAAAGCAUUUUUCCCCAAAUCACAUCUAUUUACACCUCAAGUUAUCCCUGAAUAUAUAAAGGCUACUGCUAGAAUAAGUACUUUGAUAAUGAGUUCUGAACCUUGAAAUAAAGUUUUAGCUAAUUCAGGUGUAAGUAUUAAAUCAAGAGUUUAUAAAUGACUGAUACGGAUAGAAAAGGAAGAUUUCCAGUAGGGCUGGGCGAUAAGCCGAAAAUUUACCAAUACCGAAAUUUACAACAGUAACCAACGUCAUUUUGUCCAUGUCAAUAUAUAUUCAGUGUCAAAAUAAAUAAAUAAAAGUUGGUUUUGGCUGUGUGUAGGUAGGUCUAUGGUCUCAUGUCCCUUUAAGACACUGUCCUAUGUCGGAGACAUGACUCCACCCCAUCCAGUCCGUAACAAAGAGGGAAAGAAAGGUGAGGAGAUGGAGGACGGUUCAAAAGUUGGAGCGGCGACUGAAGUCAAAGUUAAUGUGGGAGGAGGUGAGCAGCUUGUGGAGUAGUUAUCGUCCAUUUUUAUCGUUAUUGAGGUGACCUGCUCAAUUUAUUGUGAUAUUGAUUUGAGGCCAUAUUGCCUAGCCCUAAUUUCCAGUAAUCGGAGUUAGAACAGCAGGUCUGAGAAGCUGUCCCACAUUUGCACCUCAGUGUAUUAACAGUGCUGCUGUCUGUAGGUCAAUCAUUUUUAUGGAAAGACAUUAACAACUUGUUCCAACUGGUUCAGUCAGUUGACAUCAUUAUCCUUUAUGCUUAAUAGCUUUCUUAUUGAUGCCUUCAGUGUGGUUCGGCAUUCCUGGCAAAACAAUGAUAUAAGUUUUAAAAACAAAAAGAUGCAGGUAUAUUUCCAGAGGCUGUUUAGAUCCAGUUUCUCAAAGGCAAAGGUAAUCUGUCAUGAUCUAUGGAUUAACUUUAUGUAACAGUGUCAUUUCUGUUGUGAGCUGACUGUGCUUGAUAAAGGCUGCCAUCUUUGUUUUGGUUUUCCCACCAGUCAGAAGCUGUAUCUGUGAUCCGCUGAUCUGUAAAGAUCCAGUCAGGAGUUAGGUUUUUCCAGUCUCAUCAGACCAACCAAGGGGAUAAAACUUGGCAUUGUUAUCAAUAAAUCAUUUGGAAAAUUACUGUUUGUCCCACUCAAAUAUUAUAACAAAGUGUUCUGUGGUGACUGUUAUGUUGUAUUCUCUUCACUUGUUCUGUGAUGAGAUAGCAUGCAGUAGCCAGCAGCGUCACACAGAAACCAAUAAAAUCCAAAUGGGUCAUUCACUUUUUAUCCAGCAUACUCCUACCGUGCUGCCUGCUGUGCUGUUCUACAUUCAAUUCCCUGGAUGUCUGACAAGCUUAACAUGCUAAUAUUUGUUGAAACUUACCACCACUUUUUGUCGCUGCCUAGAUUUAGAAAAGAAUACAUCCAUUAUUGAUAAGCUAGUUUUUAACCUGCUCGUAAUAUUUAGGGUGAGUUUAGAGUAGGUUGUAUUGAUAGCAAAUUUGUGAUUCCAGAAACUUGUUUGGCUCUAAGAGAAAGAGGAAGAUAACUCUAAUACUCCCAUCCAUCAAAACGUCAAGCCACAUUAAAGAAACCAGGGAGAGCAGUUUUGGCGUGUCACUGUGAUUGAAUCUUGGCAGUGGAUCGGUCACAUUCAGCCAGGAUCACACCGCUGAUUAUUGGAGCAUUGACUGCCAACACUAGCCAGAGGGAAGGCACGAUGUGAGCCUGUCAUCUCCAUCACCAGCCACAUUUCACAGGAUUUCCCCAGGGCAGCGUGCUCACACAACGCUGCGGUCCUCGCACGGGUACAUUUAUAGCCAAAAAUAGAACUGGGUCAGGCCAGAUUCUUGUGAAAGAAAGAAAUGGGAAACAACGUCCAAAGCAAACUCCACAAAGUAUUCUUAGGUGGUUCUGAAACCCAGCAUUACUCUGAAUAAACUAUGUGUAAAGCUGUGUGUCCAAAUAAACGUAGGAUCAGCUGCUGUUUUGAUAGCUGGAAACUUCUGGUGCCAGCAGCAGCUUUCCUUUAUUUAAGCAGCUUUCCGUCUGACUUUGACAAUAGCCUUUAAUGAGCUUGUUUUUGACUUGCUGGAACAACAAUCAAGGAAGUUCCAAAUCUUGAACAGCAAACUUAAAUCCUCCAUGCUGUUUACCUUUGUCAUGCUUUUACUGUUAUGUAGUCUCAUUAUUCAUUCAGAGCAGCUGAGUAAGUGGGGAAAAAACCUGAAUGAAAAAAUCCCAUUCAGCGAUGGGAUAUCAGCACUAGUAAACACACUAACAUCUCAACAAAAUGCAGCUAAAGGUGAACUAUUUCUCUAAUACCUAGAAAGUUAAGAGUGUCAAGCUGACUUCUGAUUGGUUAAAGGAACAGUGGUUGAUUAGUAAUACCUGCUACACCCUUUAGUGCUGUGUAACAUGAAACCACCUUGAGAACAGCACCCUCUGUUGACAGGCUGCAGUAUAGGUCAUAAAUCCGGCCUCCUCCAGCAAUCCCUAUGGGGCUGUGGACAAACUUUAGAAAUUUAUUACACAGAAUAUAAAUUUUCUCCCCCCUGGUUGCAAUGUUGACAUGUAGUUAUUGUAAGACUGGUUUGUGCUCAAGUCCUCUUUUUUCAGUGCAGCUCCUUUUUUAAAUUUAUUAGGGGGUUCAUGUUUUCUAUGAUUGACACUUGAUACAGCAUAUGGGUGUACAAAGAUUGCGUAGCUCACCUGGGGGAUACGCUGUUUGAGCCCAGUGCCAUCACAGGGACGCUCGGUUACUCCCCCGCCAAAUGCGUACAAUGCUACUGCGCAAGUGGUGGUUCCAGGAAGUGGAGAAAAUCCUGGAAAUACCAAGAGCAAUUCAGCUUCAAGUUCGUGUAGUGACGGAAGGCGGAACCAAGUUGUCCAUAGUAUAUACAGUCUAUGGUUGCACCACAAUAAUCAUUUACACUAGCACAAAUGCACCAAAAACUAUUUUACAAGGAUGAAACUACAGGGGCAUAUGCUGCCAAGAAGGUUGCAUUGAAGCCCUGCAUUGUUUUUCUUUCCUCAGCUCUGUUAGCAGUGGACUUGAGUUUUUACAAGACUGGAAUACCUAAAGAAAUAAUUUGACUUUUGACUGUUUUUCAAGUGUUUGUGGUCCCCAUAGGAUAUGUGCUGAUUCUUUGAUAGUCUUGCAGAAAAAAAUUCUAACUGACUUUUGAUUAAGUGGGUUACUGGAUGUGUAAAGUAGCUUUUCCAUUCAUGGAGUUGCUGGUUUCUGCACAAGCCCCAUGUAUGGAGGUUGCAGUCCUUGUUGCAGUAGUUGCAGGGUUGAUCCUUGAUCCCGGCACAAUUUGUCGUAUUUUAUUUCCUUCUGUCCCCACAUUUCCUGUCACUCUUGAGCUGUCCUUUCAAUCAAGGCAAAGUCCAUAAAAAAUAAUUCAAAGGAAAAAAGUUGAUCCAUUCGUUGAUUUAGACUUUUUCUACUCUUUGUUAUCAGCAUUUGUGUCAUAGUCCUGUUUUCAACGUGUUAACAUUUGGCAUAAAUACAAUCCUACAGUGAUGAUCAUCUUUGGUAAACUUUGUUUUGUCAGACAUGUUCUUUCUUUCAUUGUGUUAACAGUGUUUUGAUUUUCUCGUCCUCCAGGGGGAAAUUUGCUGUGGUCAGAAAGUGUGUGGAGAAAUGCACAGGCAAUGAGUACGCAGCAAAGUUCAUGAGGAAAAGACGGAAAGGCCAAGACUGCCGGAUGGAGAUCAUCCAUGAGAUUGCUGUGCUUGAGUUGGCUACAGCCAGCCCCCGUGUGGUCAACCUCCACCAGGUCUAUGAAAUGGCCUCUGAGAUGGUGCUGGUGUUGGAGUAGUGAGUAUCAAUUCUGCACAAUAUCUACACAAAGAUACCAAUUUUUUAUUAUCUUAUUGGAUAUCUUGAAAUGUUUUUUUCAGUCUUCAUGUAUGGCUGCAUAAAUCUGGUGCAGAAUCAUAAAUUAGGCUUCAUUGUAAAAUGAGAUAAAGUAUGUCCCCUGGACCUAAACUGGACUGGGAGGCAGGAAAUGCUAUUUUAGAGUUUUUAGGACUGCAUGUACUUCUAAAAGUUAUUAGAGCAUUUUUAGAGUAGAAAAUUGCAAUAAUCAAACCUAUGAUUAACACAUGACUGUUUAUGCAGUGUUACACAGGUGGGAAAGUCUGUCAUUGAAAUUUGUUUAUAUGGGAGUCAAAGCCCUCCUAUAGAGUUAUUAUGCUAGUUUGAAUAUUGGUCAGGAUGGUACUCUUAAAUUUGGUUUACCUGUGACUAAAUAGAACAAACCCACAGGAUAUAAAAUGUGUGAUGUACUCCACGUCGUGAGAAGGCAACAGGCACUAUAACUGGAACUUUGAAAUCCUGCAAAGCUUCAGGCCAAACUUUAAUGCUCCAGCAAACACCAGCUAUUCCAGCAAUGAGGGCUGCCUGUGUCCUUUUGUAUACACACACUCAGUGUUGUAGUAAGUCAGGGCCGGAUUGGGUUUCCUGUGUCCCAGGAUUAUAGCAGUGAAGAGGUGAGGGAGAUGUCAUUCAGACAGACAGCAGUUUGACAUGUUCAAUCCACCAGUAACAGCAAAUAACAACCGACUGUGAACGUUUGACCAAGUAUGUGGGAUUCACACACACAUGCACACACACAUGCACACGUGCACACUUAACAUGCAUGGAUGGUGUUGACUACAGAGGCUGCACCAGUUGUCGAUGAUCUCAUCUCACUGGUCAUUCCCGGGCCGUGCUUGACCUGGUUCCCAUAGUGUGUGUGUGUGUGUGUGUGUGUGUGUGUGUGUGUGUGUGUACUUGGGAUCUCACUCUCUCUCUCACAUGCCAUAUUAGAUUUUGCCGACAUCCCUCACCAUAGCAACUCCUGGAGCCCCAAUUAUUUACACACACACACACUUAUACACACACUUGUACACACACACACUCAGCUCAAAGUCUUAAAGUUCUUGUUUUUAACCUCCAACAGCCUCUAACAGAUCAGCAGAUCAUAUUCAAGGUGGUGACAUCGAUACUAAAUUGUCAUACUGGAGAUCUGCUGGAUUAUGAGCUGAAUGGACUGAGGGACAGGUUAAUCCAAGACAUUGUACACCUGUUCACACGUGCUAAAUAGUAUCCAUGACCAGUAAAUUAGGCCAUGGAACCGUACCAACUUCGAGUGUAAAUUUCCAUGUUAUCCCAAACAAACUCACAAGACAUUAGGCCUCUUUUAUUAAAUGUUAGUAAAUUUAUGUAGAUUUAUGUGUAAACUUUGGUACGACUAAAGCUACUACAGAUUCAUGAACACUGCUAAAAUCCCUUUGUGAGUUUGUAGACUCAUGUGUAAGUUCAUCAUAGUUCAUGAAUGCCGUGAAGUGACCGCACACUCCCAAUAGCCACUAAUCAACAUAAAUAAUAUAUAUAUAUAUUUAGUGUUUUGGUUUUUGGCCUUGGUUUCCUCAUUUUUGGUUUUUGGUUUAGCCAAUUAACUGUUUUAACAAGAGGUACAUGUGCUCCUAAGUUGAAUAAGUAAGGAGCACACAAAGAACUUUAGGGGCACAAUGAAAAUUGAUCAAAUAAUGUGUGUCUUAUUGGUCGACAUAAGUACCAGGGCUCGACAGUGCGACCGUUUCACAUGCAUUUGCGACUAAAAAUACAUGUGUGCAAAUUGUAAAAUGUGUUUAGGGACACAUGUGCACAUAAAAUAAAUCAGCCGAGGCAACAAAUGUUUCUUCAUGUAAAUACCGCAACAAAGUUAGUUUUAUGUUGGAUAUAUGACGGACAUGCACUGCUGAUCUACUGGUGUCUUCUCACUCUCCAUAGCAACAGCGGCGCAGUUAAAUCUACUCGGCACCCUCGCUGUCAACACCGGGUGUUGAAUAAGGGAUCAUCAAUAAAUUACCGGUUGGUGUUCUCAAAAAAAGCUGUUUUCCUUCAAUAGCUUCCAUGUCAUGCGACCAAUUGACCUUAAAUUGGUUUCAAAUAAUAGUACUAAGAUCGGCCGAUAAGACACGCUCUUACACACUGGGGCCGACGCUAAUAUCGAACGCAAAAUUACGAAAUAUUGGGAGGCGAAUUUUGACGCGCCUGACUAUACACAUCAAGCCUGAUGCGAUUUUGCGACUUUCUGGGGGAAAAGACACAUCGCAGGGAAGACUUUUCCCGGGGAAAGUCCUGCCUCCUUUGCCUCUGAUUGGCUAGAAAAGCUGGAAACGUCAUCAUACGCUCAAGCCAAACGGUCAGCACUUAUAGCCAAUCAGGUGAUAAGUUAAGCACAUGAAACUAUCGCAACAACCUUUAGCUUAUGUUAGCACAGAUGAAAGUUAAAACAAAGGCGUUUAGCAAACUGUUAAAGCACACAAACCAUCGUCAUAUUAGAAAUCCGACGCUAUGACUCUCCACAAAUUGUCCUUCAGAUCCUUAUCCUUGUAAUGUUUGUGUCUUUUAUCAAAAAGCUCUCUGUUCUCCGUCACGUAAACAAUCAGCCGGUCAGCCAUGUUGGAUAUACCGGUGAAUCAGACGUCGCAACAACACGCAGUCUGAUUGGUCAGAAGUGGACACACAGUAUGCGAAACUUUCGAAAAUCGACCAUGAUAUGAAAAAAUAAAUGCGGCAAGAUCGCAGGACGGGAAAACAUAGCUGAUGUGAACGCUUGUAUUGACAGGAUACGGGUUCGAAAAAAAAUAUUGACGUCCGAAAUAAUCACACGUAAAAAACGGUCCCGGUGUGAAAGGACCUUAAAACUAACUGCCCCUAAAUACAUUUUACAAUUCGCACACAUCUAUUUUUAGUUACAAAUGUGAGUGAAAUGGUCGCACUGUCGAGCCCUGGCCAAGAAUUUUCAUUUCAGUGCAUCCCUAAUUGACAUUCUAUGCUACCCUGUUCACCCCUUCCAUCAGUAGAGUAACAGUAGUCUUUAAGGACAGAGGCUGCAAUGGUGCAGAGGUCUGAUCCAUCAUUGGUGAAGACUGUCUAUGAAAAGCUCUUAAAAUUAAAUGGUCCCUCUCUUGAAACAUCAAACUUGUUUCCUGCUUCUCUGCGUUCACUGAGUGUUUAGAGCCAGACAGGGCUGGAGCAGAGAAGAUGGUGGUAUUGUUAGGGUUGCAGUCUUUUACAGGAUUAUAUGCUGUCAGCAGCACAUGCUAUGCAGUCCAAUCUGCCUGUUAAGGAGAUCCCAUUAAUGCCCCUUUAAAUGCUCCAGUCAGCCAAAUCCUCCCCCACCUCAGUCCAUAAUCCCAAUCCCAGCCCUUUGUUGAAAAAAGGAUAAUCCCAGAAUUAACGGCUGCCCUGAAUGAAGAUAGCGCCCCUUUUCCUGGACACAGCGUUAGCUGGCUCAUAUGAGUGCAAUUCAAACAUAGAAUUCAUAAUUCAGUAAACAGAAAUGAGUCUUUACAGGUGCAUAAUUAAGUACAUCUAAAUUAAAAAGUUGGUCCAUUUGCGAUUACCUGCACAUAUAUCUUGCUAUUUUGUUCCUUUUAGGACACUGUUGUUGAGCUGCUGCAGCAUCCUCCUUCUCCUGUUGCUACAGUGAUAGAAACAACUCUGUGCUAUUGAAUGUGUUUAUUUCACUUGAAAAAAAACCUCCCAUAUAACUAGAUAAAGAAGUAUUAUACACUUUUUGUCAAGCUAAAUUAAGAUAUCACUGACAUAUUUUAAGUACAAGAUGGGGUUGUCAUGCUAUCAGAAUUUUUAUAUCAUACCAGUCUUCCAAAUUUUUUGUAACACAUUGCAGACAUCAAAUUCAAAACUAGUAAAUAUUUGCUAUAAACUAAUGAAGUUUGUCAGUUUAAACAUUAGCUUGUUUCUGCAGUGUAUUCAAUUAGGUUGAAAACAAUUUGCAGACUACUGUAUUUUGUUUUCAUUAAUGUUUUAAACAACGUCCCUACUUCAUUAGAAUUAGGGUUUGUAGAUCAUAAACUUGAAGGCUUGUCUUUUGUUCCUUGGCAUUGUUUUUCAGCUCAAAGAAAUAAGUUUAUCUCAGCAUUUCCACAUAGAGAGCAAAGAGAGCAAUGAUUGAUCUUUUGGCAUUCAUGGUGCUGUAGCCCAGAAACAGGGCUCCCAGUUGUUUACCACUAGCUCUCUCGCCUCAUUUGCUUGCAACAGAAUCUGGUUGAAAAUAUGAGUGUGGCUCUGUUUGUUUCACUGCCUUUAGCAUUUUUUAAUUCUAUUUUUUUUUUUUUUUUAAUUAAAAAAUAUUGUAUCAUUUUAAAGCACAUGAUGUAGAAAUAUAUCAAAGAAGUAUUAACUGACAAUUUCAAGCUAAGUAUGUAUCAAACUAAUGUCAAUAUUUUAGAGUGUGCAAACCGCCACAAACUAACUCAGCACUUACUAAAAAGAUAAAAUCUGGUCAGGUCACACUAUGGCUCAAGAUUUUGGUGUAUGGUGUAUUAUGCUGUAACCAGUCAUUCUCACUGUCACCAAUGCAGCAGUGUUGCCUUUGCUUAAAUAAUAAAAGUUUGAUUGGAUUUGAAAGAACAUUUCACUGUACCAAACUGAUCCCCAAGGAAGAGUUGCUUUACUUUAUUACUAAAUACUUUUAAACUGAUAAAAUGCUAAAUAAUUUUCAUAAGAAAGACAACUUUGCACAAUUGCAUUUAAAGGGAUAUUCUGGUGUAAAUUUAAGUUAUGGUCAAACAUACCUUGACACUGAGUUAGACACCCCCUCGAGAGAUGAACAUUGCAGACUGCUUGCUUCUCUAGUUAUACCAACUUCAGCUACGACCGCACAAUAGCAAUACACAGCGGUCUACGUCUUCACGCACAAACCUCAACCAAAAAGCCACUCCAUAGCCACAAAUAAUGCUCAGAACAGCACCUAACUUUAUCAACUGUACAUAUAGGGUCCCAGCCAUAGGACUAGCCACCAAACAUCUUUUUAACUUUGUCUAGUUUCUUUAGCAAAGAGACUAAACACAACUCACCCACUCUCCUCCAGUGCGCCUGAGUGCAGCGGAGUUUUGUAGCUCAAGGAAGAACAUUUAUGAUGAAAAUGCAAUCAGACCGAGACGCUAAGGCAGAAGAACUACUGCGUCUGCAGUGCAAAAUGAUUAAUAUGGUGAUUAUUACUUCAUGGAAAUUAUCUUGGUCUAUCCCUUCAACUGUUAAGUUCAGAUAUUUUUCAUGCUUAAAAAAAUCAUUCAAAAGCCCUAAUUUGGGAUUAAAAUUGAAUCUCAUCUCAGAAAAAAAAAGAUUUUCCUGUCAAAGAUAUGUAAUGAAUGAAGGGAUGAGCUUCCAAUUAGGAUUAUAACCCAGUGGCUGCCAGAGCUCAUGUCAGCAUCCUUUCAACCCCCAUCCUCUCUUGUAUCUUUUCUUUGAGCUGCUUCAUAUCAAGAGGAAGUAGAGCAGAAGGCUUUUAUUCUUUCUGGGAUGAUUGGAGAUGUUGACGGCAUACUCUUGUCCUUUAUUCUUGCUCUUGGUUUUUUUGUUUGUCGGACAGCUGAGGGAUAUUUCGAGCAGUGGGGCAAGUGGCGGUGGUAGAGGAUUGAGGGAUAGAUGAGGGUCUUCGAAUGAGGGUCAGCUUGACAUAGAAAGCUAUUUAUGCUCUGGUGGGAAGAGGGGGGGACAACAGGCGAAGGGGCCAAAGCUUUUUUUUUCUCUGGGACACAAAGGAAGACAUAGAAGAAGAGAGUUAGAUGGCAAAAGUAUAGAAAGAAGCAGGAAUGGUGUACAGGGUGGGUGAGAGGGUGAUGGAGGGAGCGGUAAAACAAAGAGAUGAAGGUGUCCAGAAAGAAUAAAAGAGAGCAGUAGUGCACUCCAUGGCCUCAAUGCUGGCUGAGCUCCAGCCGAGAGUUCAUUAUGUCAGUUGAGCAGCACGAGUGCACGUGACCAGCCAAAGCAUGGCAGCUCGCCCAGAGAGAGAAAGUCAUACAUGGGGAAAAAAACCAUAGAAAAAGCCUGAUGCUUCUGAUCGACCGUAUAUUCACACCAACAAAUUGGAAACUGUAACUGCAAAGGGUGUGACUGAACAAAACAAAUUCAUAAUUUCACUUUAAAGAAGUCCGAUACUUUCCUUAAAGACCUGGGGUCUCAUUUAAAAACAAUAUGUAUGCACACAACAGGGCCUGAACGUGACAUACAUCAUUGUAUCAAUCUGGAUGUUUUUCUGUGUCUGUUGCGCUUCUGCUGUUUGCAAAUGAGCAACAUGAUUUGAAAGGUUCGAUUUUUAGCAGGUUUACUUGUGUUUAGCAAAGGGAACUACACUUAAAACUUAAUUAGGUACACCUUGCUAGUACCAGGCUAUCCUGCUGGAAGAAUCCAUCAGAAAAUGGGUACACUGUGGUCAUAAAGGGAUGAACAUGGUCAGUAACAAAACCCUAGUAGGCUGUGGGGUUUGAACGAUGCUAAGUUGGUACUAAGGGACCCAAAGUGCGCCAAGAAAAUACCUACCACACUGAAUCAUUGAUUCAAGGCAGGAUGGAUCCAUGCUUUUAUGUUGUUUACGCCCAACUCUAAAAUAGGGCUUGGCGAUAUGGCCUCAAAUCAAUAUCACGAUAUAUUGAGCAGUUCACCUCGAUAACGAUAAAUGGACGAUACUAGUCCACAAGCUGCUCACCUCCUCCCACAUUAACUUCAUCAACUUCAGCUGCCACUCCAGCUGCUAUAACUUUUGAACCAUCCUUCAUCUCCAUUGGUUAUUGUUGUAAAUUUUGGUAUUGGUAAAUUUUCGGUUUAUCAUCCGGCCCUACUCUGACCCUACCACCUGAAUGUCAGAGCUGAAAUCCAGACUUAUCAGACCAGACAACGUUUUCCAGUUUUCUAUUGUCCAGUUUUGAUGAGCCUGUGUGAACUGUAGGCUCAGUUUCCUGUUUUUGGCUGACAGGAGUGAGACCCAGUGUGUUUUUCUUCUGCUGUAGUCCAUCUGCUUCAAAGGUUCAAUGUGUUGUGUGUUCAGAGAUGUAUUCUGCAUACCUUGUUCGUAACGUGUGGUCAUUUGACUUACUGUUGCCUUUCUAUCAUCUUUAUCCAGUCUCCUCAUUCUCCUCUGACCUCUAACACCAAUAAAGUAUUUUCAUCCACACUGGAUAUCUCCUCUUUUUCAGACCAUUCUCUGUAAACCCAAGAGAUGGUUGUGAGUUAAAAUCCCCGGAGAUCAGCAGUUUCUGAAAUACUCUCUGGCACUGACAACAAUGUCACAUUCAAAGUCCCGUAAAUUCCCUUUCUUCUCCAUUCUGAUGCUCAGUUUGAGUUUCAGGAAGUCAUCUUGAACACGUCCAUAUGUCUCAAUGUAUUGAGCUACUGCCGUAUGAUUGGCUUAUUGGUUAUCUGUGUUAAAGGAAAUAAAUAUGGGGAGGAGUACAUACAAACUGGGGAGUUUCUGGGUCUCCCAGUGAUCAUGUGCAGGUUUGGUCCUUAGGGCCCCAUGGCUUCCUUUUGCCCCGGGGCCCCAAAAGUGGGUUAAUUUGCCUCUGUAAGAAACAAACAUUGAUGUCAUACUUAAGGCAUUUAGACAAAUAUGGGUUCAUUAUACCAGACUGUAGGGUCCUAUAUUUGUCUGCAGUCAAUGGAGCCAUUAACAUGUGGGAAACUCCAAUUUUCUGGACAUGAAUACAUCAUGAGCGCAGGAUGAAGGGCCGCUCAGAUCCAUUCACUUGACCUCACUCUGACUUUACCCCCUCUCUCUCUCUCUGUCACGCACAUUUGUCUCUGUAUCUCUUUUCUCUUUUGUUGAGUCGUUUCCUCUCGUGCACUGAUUUUCCAGGAUGUCUUAUCACGUUCACACAUUCACUCUCAUUUUUCUACAAACACUCUCUGAGUCCUUGUGAAGGAAUAUCCAGUUCUUCAGUCUUGUAUAUAUAUAGGCCUUCUGACAGCAAGUAUUGACCCCCUCCCCACCCCUCCCAUUGCUUUAAGUGUGUUUGUAGGUCAGCUGACGUUCAUGUUUUCGUUUUUGCAAAUAAACAAUCAGAGGUUGACGGUGAUGGGUGGCUGAUCAAAGAUGAAUUGAUCCAUUCCCACAGCACUGCUAUGACAAUCAUUUCAUUAGUUACAUGAGCAGCUUGCCAAUCAAGCUGUGACGGCCCUCUGAGUCGUGUGAAUCUGACCUCACUGGGCUUCAGAGCCUCUGACAGGAUUCAGGACAACAACACAUUAUGCUUCUGUUUGGGAUCAUAUCAAUGGAGUCGUGCCUCAGUGUGUCUGUAUCUGAUGGUUUACCCAUUAGCCUUCUUGGUCACGUUCAUGAUGGAACUUGAAGAUGUAGUUCUGAUUUCUUUAACUAAUUGUGAAUUAGACUGAAAUAAUUCCUCUCUGAUACUGGUUCUUUAACACAAACUGAAGAGUAGACAACACUAGGGAUGGGUGAUAUGGACUAAAAAAUUUAUCACGAUGAAUUUUGCCAUUCUGGUGAUAUUGAUAAAAGUCCUGAUAAAAAAUUUAUAAUUUAAUCCAUGUUUUUGACUCAUUCUGUCUUGAGAACACCAGUUGGCAUGGUCGAAUAAGAUACCUAACCCCAAGUUUAAUAAAUGGAACGUUUGGCUGUUAAAAGUCAGCAGAAAGAGGUUAUGGUCAGAUGAUGCUACUUAAUAUAGAUGAGAACAUGGCUGCUUAUUCCACAGGGGGGGAGCCGGAAUUCACAAAAACUGAAGUUCCUUCCUCAAGCUUUGAGUAAAUUUUACACAUAUCAUAGUCAACAUUUAUCACACAGAAUUUGAAUGAAAAAAUUGAAUUAACAAAAAUGCUAAGUGGCUUAUAACUUUGCAAAACCACUAGCUCAGUAGAGGUGAAAAAAAUAGUUUGUGUCAAGCCCUGUGGUGAGUUAUAACUUCUCUGAAACUUGUGAAGUUGUUGCCAUCAGUAACAGUUUAUCAGUUCCAUAACAUUCAAUACAGGAUAUUGUAUUAAAAGCAGUAUAAAAGGGCAAUCCUUAUGAUGAUAGUAAUACUGAUACUAGUAGUAACAUCUACAUAUAGUCUUCAACUAUCCUACAAACAUAUUUACACACAUAAAGGAGCUUGUACAAGCACACUCAGCUUACCCUGAGUAAAAUUAGAGGGAAUUGGACCAAACCUAGUUCCUUUGAAGAAAAGAUAAAAAAUCACCUCAUGUUAAUCUGAUCCAAUUGGGAACAUUUGCUUGGAUUCUCACUCGUAUAAAGCUCGACUGUUGGCAGUCUUUCAGUCAAACUUUCAUCUUUUAGACUUUUCAGAGCUAAGCUGCCAGAACACAGGAAGUUUUUUGUUUGUUUGUAAGACGGCAAUAAUUUCUGUCUGAUCCUCUCAGGUAUGAACUUUCAAUCCAACAGUUUCAUGCACGUGCAGAAAAACCUGUUGUGCCAGGAGGUAUAUGAAUGUGUGCAACAGCAAAGAUUAGAAACCAAUCACUUCCCACACAAAAUCCGUGUGCUGACCCAAUUAUUGGUCUCUCCUCUGGCACUUCCUCUCCUCGCACACUAAAGCAACAGAGUGUGAUUUCUUGGCCUACAUACAACAAAACACGUUUGUAUGGACAGCUUAAACCCUAAUGUAUGACCAUGUGCGAACCAGACAUUCGGGAAAAUGUGAAACAAACACCGCUUUAAGUAAACAUGACCUGGAAAACUAAAGUGAACCCAAAACAACAGUACAUUUUGAACCCUAUAUUCUCAGAACAACAUUGUGGUCAAGACAAGGACACCAAGGAAAAUGUUAAGGAAAUACUACUGAUCAAAUGUGAAAAUAAUAUUAAUGAUUUAUGAAGUUUGAAACAGAAAAGAUUUGGAUGGAUCUAAUAGAGAUUUUUUUUUUUUUUUUAAGUGAUUGUAUAUUAUUUCAAGUUACUGUUUAUUCAUAUUUUCAACUAUAAACUACCACAUCCUUAUUCAAGGCACCAAUAAAUAUUUCUUUUCAAAUAUGCAUGCAUAUCUUUAUUCUAUUAAAUGUCUAUAAGACAAGACAUGCUGCCUUGAAUUCAGAUUCAUAAUCAACUUUUUCUUUUCUUUUACAAGCAGUGUGAUUGAGUGAGAUCUUUAAUUUACAAUGUAGUGGAAAAAAAAUCCUUUCUUCCUUUUAUAUUAAGCAACACACUCACUACUGACUUACAAAGGACUUUUCUUUGAAGGGGGGAGUCAGAUGGUGCCCACGAGUCUUGCAAAUCCGGACACACAAGCAUUCAGAUAAUUUGGUUGGAAUGAUGAACAUAAUAGCAGCGAUAGUUGCAGUAAAGAAGAGUAAUUCAAUCAUUAGUGAAUUUGCUUGUAGCUGAUUUGUUUUAUAGCUGUACUUUAAAACUGUUUUGUGUUAAAAAUGAAGUUCCUGUGUUCCUUAAGGAUUUACUGUAUUAUUUAGGGGUGAGCGGUUUAUUUUAUAAAUUGAAUUCUUGUGAGAACAAGGGCUGUAAUCAACCAAAGAAAUUCUUGGUUGACUAAAACCCUGAAAUUUUCAACCAAAAAUCGAAUAAUCAAGGGGUGGGGUUGGGGGUUCUGACUGAUGGCAAACCCUUCUGCGGCCGGGGAUGAUGUGGCUUGGGGGAGUGAAAAUAUACAGAUAUCAAGAAGGCAAUUAAACUCAUAUAUUACAUUCAGCAAACCACUGGACAUUGACGCUAGUAUACGCUCUUCAAUUUUCCUGUCUCCAGCCGCUCUCCAGUAGGUUGGGCGAAUCCAAAAUGGUGAAAACAAGGGUGGUGUUAUAAGACAGGCCUGACCUGUAAAACAGGGAGGCUCUGAAAACAUCGCCAUUAGUACUUGGUACGUUCCUCUUGAUGAAAUUAACCAUAGACUGUAAAUUGACACGAAAAAAAAUCAAGUUGACCAAUCAAAAUUUUGGUCGACUCAGAACGUAUCUACCAAUAAGUCGACCAGUCAACUUGGACUUUUCAGCCCUAGUGAGAACACGUGUUGACAAUCUAAAGACCUGAUUUUUUUCUGUACAUAUCAAACCACUUUCUAACGCUUGUUGAUGCCAAUAUUUUCCAUCAAGAAGAGGAUCCUGCUUUAAUUAUUUAUCCAAUUCUAGACAGUAGCCUUUGUGGACAAGAAUUUUCUACAAUGAAUCAUAAGCGUGACCGUCCAUGCACCUUCCUCCUUCAAUGUAUCAGCCGUCUUUUGUUUCUGUGCUCUCAAUAAAACAGAGUUCAACUUUCGGGACGCCAUCUUGUACGUCAAGAUCACUUUUUCAUCACUUACCAAUCAGAAUGAAAAAGAGGCGGGACCUCUGAUAUCAACUCUGUCAACAACAAGGCAGGGGAAACAAUAACUAGGCAACAAGAGCAGAGGUAGGGAUACUGUCAGCGUCCAGUUUUUAAAGGACACAGUUUCAAUGUAGAGUUGCUUUUAAGGCUGAAUGACUCUCACAGGGAGAUGGAAGUGAUGCGAGACAACUUUCAUAACAAUAACAGUGAGAACUGUGCUGAAAUUGAGAUCAUGGGCUCUUGUUAGUUGACACAUUGAGUUUUUAAUGUAGUGAGUUUCAGAGUUCAGAAAUGGGGAUUGAGAUUUAAGGUACCCAGACGGACUCAGAGAAGUAGGCUACUCUGCUGUUUGGCCAGGUCAGACCUUUACGCUGUAAAAGGCCUUUUCUUCUCACCUUGAAAAAUCAAAACACACGCCGCCGCCUCCUCCUUUUCCUCCUCCCUCACUUCCUGUGAGAUAGAGCCUAAUUCAGCAGCACCCUGAGGGGAUGCCUUGUCUAUUCCUGACUGCCCUCUCUCUUUUUCUUUUGCAAUCGUUCUCCCAGUCUAAUUGAGUUUAUCCAUCAGAGUUUAUCUCAGGUCAGAGGAAAUUAAAGGGCGCUUUGUAAUGAGCGAGUGGCUCGAGUAUUUUCUAUUGAUUCAGAGGGUUUUUCAUUCUUUUUUGUUUGUUUAAUAAUCACAGCACUGUUUUCUCUCAAGAGGCCGAGAGAAAUCCAUCAGCACACAAAACCAACAGCCUGAACUUCAUAAUUAGUUUGCCGUUCACUCUGCUAUUUCUGCCUCUGCCUCCAGCAAGUUACACACACACACACACACACACACACACACACACUGAGGUUAGAUAGUGAUUUAUUUCAAGGGUGUAUCAUGGGAUUCUCCAUAAAAAGCCUGACGUCAGACAAGUCUCAAUUAUUUUGGUGAGCUUGUGGAUGAAACUUGGAGAACAGACUCUAGUUUAACUUUCCUGUGUGGGCGCUUUUGUUUCCUUUUGUGGUUCCAAACACACAACAAACAAACUUUAUAAAUAGAUGUGUUUAUUUCUGUGUGUUGUAUAGCCUACCUCCAGCCCCAAGUUAAGCAGAGGAAAUAAUUUGAUUGUGUAUCUGUUUGUCUACAGUGCUGCAGGAGGCGAGAUCUUCAACCAGUGUGUGGCAGAUCGUGAGGAAGAGGCCUUCAGUGAGGAUGACGUGAAGAGGCUGAUGAGGCAGAUCUUGGAGGGCGUGUCCUUCCUCCACCAGAACAACGUAGUUCACCUCGACCUUAAGGUCUGCUGACACACAAUUAUAACGCCUUUUAUUGUUUCUAACAUUAAGUUUAUGAUUACCUACAAGUAGUUGACAUGAUUGAGAGUUAAUUCACAGUUUUUAAAGGUAACCAGUGCUGCAUGGACAAAAAAGGUGUGUUGCUCUAUGUUUGAGCAAAUUGAUUUAAGAAACUCUCUUAUUCUCAAAUGCUUAAUAUACCUAAAAUCUGUGCAAUCUUAAAGCUCCUGUGAUGAACUUGUGUUGAUUUUGGUACCCCUGUGAAUAAAGCAGUCCCUGUUUAUCAUGUCAACACACUUAAGUAGAGUCCUCUGAAAAAUAAUCUCACUCUACUGACCCCUACUGACUUUCCACUACUAAAUGUAUCAUUUAUUGCACCAGUUUCAGGCAUUAAAAACGGGCAUAAAUAUAGUUAGCCCUACUGAUGUGUGUGUAUCCUGAAAAGGAUUCAAGGAACUUUAUUUGACAUACCCCACACCUUUGACAGUCUGUGUUACGAAAUUAAUACCCAGGUCCGUUUCCAAGCCAAAAUGAUAAAAUACGAUACAAUACAAGAGCAAUCAUAAAAUCGUGUAGAGCAAAAGCAAAAUGUUAACAACAACAAUAAAGGUAAUCAACAAAAAAGGCACGAAAGAAAUUUCAGUCUAUUACUUACAUGUAAAAAAAAUAAAAUAUAUAUGUAAAAGAGUGAAAUUGUGUUUUCAUUUCCACAAACAGUAAAAAGGUUUGAUUAAAAAGACAACUUUUUGAUUCAAAAUGUUAACAAAUGUCCAGUUAAAAUCUGUUAAUUGGUUAGUUUUGAAGACAUACUCAUUUGUGUAAAGUGUUAUCUGCAAAAAGAACUGUCUUUAUUCAGUGCUCUACAUCCCCCACAACCUUUGCAGUUAUUUCUGUCCUGCUCUUUUUUUUUUUUUUUUGGUCUUUAAAGGAUGAGGACAAUCCCUUUAAACUAGCUGAGAUUACCAUGUUGAAAACUGCAUUCAAUGUCAAAUGUUGAUGUGUCGAUACAAACGAUUCAUGUUUAACUUUCUCAGCUUGAAAAAACAACAAAGACCAUAGCAAUUGUAUUUUUAUUGAAGAUACAAUCUUAUAUGAUCAUCUCAGGAACAGCCUGCAGUGGUUACCCAUGGAGGUCAGUUCUUUAGAUGGUCUGCUGUACUUUCCAGGCUGAAGAAAGAGGACAGAAUCACUUCUUAAUGCCAAAGAGAUGUUCAUCAGUCAUCUCUCACCUGUGUUUGUAGAGAUAGAUGAGCUGAGGAUAAAUUUCUGCUCUGUGACUCUCCAGGGGAAGUUUUCACUCCAGUGGUUAAAGCCUAGGGUUAAUUUCAGGGGCGGUACACAUCACACAUGAAAAUGAUUCAUGUUUUGUAUUUUCUCAAGAUAAGUCAGGUAAAUUGAGACUUCAUGUUGUGCAUGUGAAAACAGUUAAAUACAAUGUGAGUAAGUCUUUUAAACUUGUACACUGAAUAACCUACAGUAAACAUCUAUUUCAAAAUAAGAAAUUAUACAGAGAGAAAGAUCAUUAUAGACUUUAAACCCAUUAACCCGAAAUAAACAUCAGUUCACAGGAUAAAAAUCUGCUGAAACAGAAGUAUUUAACAUUCCUAUUCAGUCUAUUUAGUGAGAACAGAAAAGACCACAAAGAGCAGCUCAUUCAUAUUCUCUGUAAUGUCCCAUCAGCCUCAGAACAUCCUGCUCACCUGCAGCUCACCUCUGGGUGACAUCAAGAUUGUGGAUUUUGGUCUGUCCAGGAUGGUCUGCAGCCACCAGGAGCUCAGGGAGAUUAUGGGCACCCCGGAGUAUGUUGGUGAGUCACUUCUGUGCUGCACAUUUACCAUCUUUCUGUACAAAUAAAGUAUUUAAUUCUAAGUGUGUUUGUGUUCGUAUUUUCAGCCCCUGAGAUUUUAAAUUAUGAGCCCAUCAGCACAGCGACAGAUAUGUGGUAAGAGACUCCUGUUUUCUCUGUCAUUUUGCAUAAAAAUCAGCUCUCAAAGAGAUUCAAGGGGGAGUAUCUUGCUUUGGGGUCCCCCUAGUGGCGAUAUCAGAAAAGACCUUGAGCUGUAACAUGAGUGUUGAGAGGUUCACAAAGUCAAGAAUAUUUGAUCGUUUAUGUAAUCAGGUUUUCAUACAUAGAUACAAUAUCAUAUACUGCUGAGAGAAAGAGAAAGUGUUUUUGUGAUGUGAAAGUUAAAAAUGUUCAUUCUUGUCGUGUUUACAGGAGUAUUGGUGUUCUGGCCUACGUGAUGCUGACUGGAAUCUCUCCGUUCCUGGGUGAGGACAAGCAGGAAACCUUCCUCAACAUUUCCCAGCUCAAUGUGAGCUACACCGAGGAGGAGCUGCAGCAAGUGGACCAGGCCGCCUUGCCUUUCAUCCAGAUGCUGCUACGCAAACAGCCACAGUAUGUUCACACCUCACUUCUCUGACACGCAAAGCUGAAAAAUGUCUCAAGAGGGCAAAAAAAAAUGCGCUGUUGAACACCGUUUAUUAAUUUGCAAGCUGAGUAACACACUGUGAUUGUUCAGGGAUCGGGCCACAGCAGAGCAGUGUCUCAAACACCCCUGGCUCCAGCUCUCAUGCCACCAUGUAACCAAGAGGGUGGAGAUCCUCCCAGUUGAGGACCAUGAGGGGUCCAGCUCCUCCAGCAGCUCCGUGAGCAGCCCCGAACCUUCCAGCAGCAACACCACAGCUGAUGAGGAGGUGGAGGAUGACGGUCCGGUGACAGAGGAGCUGAUUGUGGUCGCUGCUUACACCGUGGGUCAGUGCCGCCAGUCCUCCAACUCCACCUCGGAGAAGGAGGUGCUGGCUGCCAAGCAGAAGGUCAUCUCCAAGCGCUUCAAGUUCGAGGAGCCCUUCAGUGCCCUGCAGGAGGUCCCUGGAGAGUUCAUCUUCUGAGCUCAUACACCACAUGACCAAGGAGGGAGGAGUCGGUGUUGUCAUGGUAACAAACACGGACCCUCUGAUUACAGAAGUUGUAUGUGCAUAACCAGACACAGCUGUACAGUAAAUCUGACAUAUUGAAGUAUUCAGACCAAGCGCAUUUUGGCACACAUCCAUGCUUCCAACAUUAAUAUAUUCUCGCUUUGAAAAUCCUCUUAACAGCCACAGCAGCUCCACGUCUUAAUGUUUCAUUCGGUUGGUUUUUGUAUGUUUGUUUUCACCCAUAAAAAACUGGCCAAACAGUUCAACUCAUUGGCUGUUACCAACUUCAAGGGCUGCAUCUUUUGCAGGACCUGGCCUUCGUAGUCUGAGGAUUUCCUGUUUUCAUCACUGACUUUUCCUGCCCCUACACCCAUGUCAAAUAUAGUUACCAUUGGCUAGCAACAUGAGCUAGCUGGCAAACAGCUAUCUACAAAUAAUUCGACCGAUAUCACCAACUUUUCAAAGAUAAAUUCAAGUUUGAAGGCAUCUGCGCUUUUUUUAAGCAUGAAUGCAGCUGGCCAUUGAGUUGAAACCAAAUGCUAUUCUUUAACAGGGUAUUGCUCAGCUUUUUCAGAGUCUGCUAUCAGGGUUAAAUUGGCACUGAAAUCACGAGGAAAGAUGCACCAUAAGCUUCAGCCGUGGCCCGGGAAAAGUAAGAUACAUUCGGAGCAUCCUUUGACAUGCAGCUGUGAUUUACUCAGUUCUUCAAAUGCAGCUGUGGAAGGAUGCAAAUCUUCCAAGACUGCAUUAUUGAACCUUUAGCCCCAACUGUGGUCCAGUAUCUGAAGCACUUAUAUUAUUUGCAGUUACAACCAUAAUGAUUUGAUCACAGGGCAGAGGACAUCCCUGACUGCUGUGGGAACAAAUCAGUCAAAUAAGUAACAGAUUCUGCCACGUAUGAGAGACAUGUUCAGCUUGUUUGCUGGGUGUAUUUUCCUCUAGGGUGUAAUAAUCCUUCAGCAGCAUGUAAACAUUGCGUAAAUAACACCCGUAAAGUUCCAGUUGUGAUAUACGAACAUGCAUACUGACGACUGGAGGGUUUGAUCUGCAGCUUGGACAUUUUGUUGCAUUCAAUCAGAAGCAUUUGACCUGUCCGACCUUUUUAUUUUUCCUGCUGUUUAAAUCCAGAAGCCAAAUCUCAGUCCAUCUCUGCCGUUUCCUCAUCCAGGCUGCUCUCCACCUGAUCUGCACCAGCUCCUGAAAGCUCAACCUUCUUUCAUUUUUCAUUUUGUCUUACUUUGUAUUUGGUGCCAUGCUUGGAGAAAAUAUUUGAAGAUUUUAGCUCUUGCUGUUGUUGUUUUUUUAAUGAUAUUUGUGUGUAAUAUUGCAGAUAUAUCAAAAGGCAAUAUUUUGGAGUUUUGUAAUUCUGUGUAAAUAUUUAAAAAUAUCGAUGUUUUGGGGGGAAAAAUAGUAAACUGUAACAUGUAAAGAGCCAUUUGAAAUACUCCUCUUACGUAAUGAGUCAUCUUCCUUUGGUUCAACUCUCUAAAGACAACAGAGCACUUCUGUACCUCCAGUGGGUCUGUACUGUAAAUUUUUGUUUAUCAAACAAUAAGCUCUGUUACUAUAGGAACCCAUUUGUAUAUGACUGUCUCCUACUGUAAAUAAAUAUUUCAAGUGUGUUUCAA